AUGCACCGCACGUGCUCUCGUGUUCCAUGUCCUCCAGAAACAAAAGAAGGUGAGAGCGUGAGAGCGCCAGUCGUCUUCCGAGGCGAGUGCUUGCAAAUGCGUUUAGGUGUCCGCCGGCCAGAAGCAGAUAUACCAAAGAAUUCUCCCCUGGACUAUAAGUCCAACUCUUCAUGUAGCAGUCCUUCAAAAGGCGAUAUCCAGAAAAAUUCUGAGAGAUGUUCCUUGCCAUUUGGGACACCAGUGCCUGUCCUGCCCGUCCGCAACAACCUUCGUCGACCCAAUUCCAGCCACUUCCCUCAGUCACGAUUUCAGUUUCGGAAAGGGUUUGCUAACAAGUGCACAUGGAAAUGCACUGCCAUUGUAUUCAUUAUUCUUUCAGUUGUACUGACAGCAGCACUGACAUACAUGUCAGCUGCUAGUCUUUUGAAUUGGUCAUAUCAAAGUGCCAAAGCUUGUGUUCUUGUGGAAGGAAAUCCUGAAGUUUUACCCAAAGUAACAACAGAGGCAAACCGUACAACCCCCCGUGUACGACCCACAGGAGGUAAAUUUGCUGACUUGCCUCAAGUAGACUCCAUGCACAAUCACAUUCGUUGGCGUAGAAGUGUUAACCAGCAUGCAACCCCUUCACACUUGAAUGUUGUUGUUAAGGAUCCUCCUCAUGGUAUCCAUCAAGGUCAUGAAUCUGUAGAUGUUGAUGUCAUGCAUGACGCAGACCUAACUCUUUCCUCCAGUUCUCUGCAUGAGACUUUGAAUACGUCUGUUUCUGUCAAGACAAAUGAGACUUCUACAUCUUCUGAAGGAGGGCUUCCAGUUUCUGAGCAUGUUGUCUCUGUUCCACUAAAUGUGAGUGAUAUCAUCAGUAAUAUGAGCAAGUCUGAGAAGUUGCAAGAUAUUCAAGAAAACUCAAACAGUACAAACAACGAUCCUCAGGUAGAUAAAGGGCAGCAUGAAAUUGAUGUCCAACAUGAUUACCCCGUGUUUGCAUAUGGCCAACCAGAGGUAGAGAUAGUAAAACUACUACAUGAUAGCCAUGAAUCAGUGACUCUGAAGACAGGACCUGGAGUACCACCCCACACAAGUCCUGAUGCAAAUCGCCUUACUAAUGAUGUAAAAGAAAUCAUUCCUGCAAUAAGUGUAAAUCCUUCAAAAGAAGUACAUUUAACAGAUGAUACUGAAGGAGAUGAUAGUGAUAAUUAUGAAGAAGAUAAUAAAACAGAACGAUACGUUAAAGAAAAAAUUGUACCAAAAUCUUUAGCAUCUUCUACUGCUUCUCCUUUGUAUAUGCAAGAAAGCACAACUGUACAAUAUAAAAAUGAAGCACAAAACAUAAAUAUUCCUACUACCAUAGAUAACCCACCUCAUAGCAAUCACUCUGAACAUCCCAAAGACAUAGAAGCUGCCUCUGAUGAUGUGCAUGAAAGCGUUCAGCAUGAAACCAAAUUAACUUUGCAUUCUGAAACUGCCCACGACUCUAAUGAUUCUGUGAGUGGUAUGAAAGAUGUCAAUCUAACAGCUUUGCCAAGAGUGGAAGUUUUAUCGCUUACUCGUGAAGUGAACGUCUCUAGUCGUCAUGCCAAGAGAGUGCUUGUUAAUGUAACUAUUGCGACAGAAGAUGAUAGCAAUAAUGCCACUAAUCCUAAAUCUGGUUCGCAUCAGCCAGUGUAUGUAUUAUCUGUGUCUGUUCCUACAGAUGGAGAUGCCAGUAAUAUAGCAAAUAUAGAUAUUAUACCUCCAGCUCAAAGUAGGGUAUCUGGGAUUGAGACACAUUCACAAACCAAAAUGGCAGAUGCCAGUGGUUCAACACAGAAUGUGGUUUCUCCCCCACUUGCUCUUACUCUGGAAAAUAAUUAUUUUUCAUCUUCUCUGUCAAAGCAAAGUUCAGUCAGUGUUCCCACUACAACUUAUUCUCCAACAAUACCCCCAACACUACCUGAUUUUCCUUGGGGUGCUGUGUGUGAGUGUUCAUGCCCCUGCAUGGAAGAAAAAUCUAACCCAGACGAAUCAGAUGAAUUUGAAUAUGAUGAAACCGUUUCCGACCAACCUGAAAUUGUGACUGAAAAUGUUACAGUUAAUAUCAGCACAAAUGCAGAAGAUGAAAUAAAUUACCAAGAUUUCAAUGAAGAAACCAUGAAACUUGUUAAUUCAAGUGGUUCAGACAUUAACGGAGGACUAUCAGUAGACCCUUCAACCACCAUAAUCCCUGAGAGUGAUUCAACUGACUCUUUUACUACUGAAGAGACAAUGACAUCUGAGGACUCUCUGGUUACUACCUCUUCCCCUUCCCUAGACCACUCUGCGACUCCUGUGUCUAGUGAAGAAGAAAAUAUGACACUUUCUUCAACUGAGGUGUCCAGUGCAGUGAGUAGCAGCUGGGACUGCCCGGUUGUGACCCCUCCUCCACCAGUCAUCUUGAUUCUUGAAGGCCCUAAAACAUUUCCUGCAAGACUUUUCCCACCUGAUGGAACAACGUUUUCUCAAAUAUCUUUGGGUCAAAAACUCUCAAAGGAAAUUCCACCAUACAGUUACUGGAAUAUGCAGUUUUAUCAGUCUGAAGCAGCCUAUGUUAAAUUUGAUUAUAACAUCCCACGAGGUGCUAGUAUAGGUGUAUAUGCUCGUCGAAAUGCUCUGCCCACUCACACUCAAUAUGAUAUUCUGGAAGUACUUAGUGGUUUUAAAGUCCGUGGUACAAGAGGAUCACAUCCUACAGUCAAGAAAGAAGUGACACAUUUCAUGGAACAAGGUCAUUGGUUUCUUUCUCUUUACAAUGACGAUGGAGAUGCUCAAGAAGUGUCCUUUGUGACCGUUGUUGCUGAAGACAUGACUCAAAAUUGUCCCAAUGGCUGUAGUGGAAAGGGGGAAUGCCUUUUGGGACAUUGCCAAUGCAACCCUGGAUUUGGUGGGGAUGAUUGCAGUGAAAGUGUCUGCCCAGUUCUUUGCAGUCAAAGAGGUGAAUAUAUAAAUGGUGAAUGUCAAUGCAAUCCAGGAUGGAAAGGGAAAGAAUGUAAUCUUAGACACGAUGAAUGUGAAGUUCCUGAUUGCAAUGGGCAUGGUCACUGUGUUAAUGGGAAAUGUGCUUGUGUUCGUGGCUAUAUGGGACAAUUUUGUGAAGAAGUGGACUGCCCUCACCCCACUUGCUCUGGGCAUGGAUUCUGCGCUGAAGGUGUGUGUAUUUGUAAAAAGGGAUGGAAAGGCCCUGAUUGCAGUCAAAUGGAUAAUGAUGCACUCCAGUGUCUGCCUGAUUGUUCCGGUCAUGGUAGUUUUGAUCUAGAAACUCAAACGUGUAGUUGUGAGCCUAUGUGGUCUGGUGACGAUUGUUCCAGAGAAUUGUGUGAUUUGGAUUGUGGGCCACAUGGUCACUGUGUUGGAGAUGCUUGUAUGUGUGAUCCAGGAUGGUCAGGAGAAUACUGCAAUCUCAAGCAGUGUGAUCCAAGAUGCAAUGAGCAUGGACAGUGCAAAAAUGGGACUUGUUUGUGUGUAACUGGAUGGAAUGGCAAGCAUUGCACAAUGGAAGGCUGUCCCAAUAGCUGUAGUGGUCACGGUCAGUGCAAAGUAAAUAGUGAUGGCCUGUGGGAAUGCAGAUGUCUUGAUAUAUGGGAUGGCAAAGACUGCAGUGUACCUCUUGAACAAAGUUGCAAUGAUAAUCGUGAUAACGACAAAGAUGGCCUUGUUGAUUGUGAAGAUCCAGAAUGCUGCUUCAACCACUUAUGUCGCAGUAGUCAGUUGUGUGUGUCUGCACCCAAACCAAUAGAUAUCCUUCUUCGAAAACAGCCUCCAGCUAUUACAGCCUCAUUUUUUGAAAGAAUGAAGUUCUUAAUAGAAGAAGGCGGUCUUCAGAACUAUGCACGGCCAGAGAGUUUUAAUGAGAGUCGAUCUGCUGUGGUGCGAGGGCGUGUAGUUACAGCAAUGGGCAUGGGACUUAUGGGGGUGCGAGUAAGCACAAGCACAACUCUUGAAGGAUUCACGCUGACUCGUGAAGAUGGCUGGUUUGAUUUGUUAGUGAAUGGUGGGGGUGCUGUCACUCUGCAAUUUGGUCGAAGUCCCUUUCGACCUCAAAGUCAUAUAGUAAAUGUUCCCUGGAAUGAGGUUGUUAUCAUUGAGACAAUUGUGAUGGGCACCGGAGACGAUAAAAAUGUUCCGCAUACUCCUCACUCUUGUGCAGCUCAUGAUUAUGAUCUCAUGAAACCUGUUGUGUUGGCUACAUGGAAACAUGGGUUCCAAGGAGCAUGUCCUGAUAAGAGUGCAAUUUUAGCUGAAUCACAGGUUGUCCAAGAAAGUUUACAAAUACCAGGCACGGGGCUGAAUCUUGUAUAUCAUAGUUCACGAGCAGCUGGUUACCUUUCAACCAUUCAGCUUCAGCUUACUCCUGAAACAAUUCCUUCCUCCUUAAAACUUAUUCACCUACGUAUUACAAUUGAAGGAAUACUUUUUGAGAAGACGUUUGAAGCUGACCCAGUGAUUAAAUUCACAUAUGCUUGGAACAGACUGAAUGUUUACAGGCAACGAGUCUAUGGUGUUACUACAGCAAUGGUCAAAGUUGGAUAUGAAUAUAAUGACUGUAAAGAUAUAAUUUGGGAUGUACAGACCACUAAAUUGAGUGGCCAUGACAUGGGUAUUUCAGAAGUGGGAGGCUGGAAUCUUGAUAUUCAUCAUAGAUACAAUUUUCAUGAAGGUAUUCUUCAGAAAGGUGACGGUUCAAAUAUUUAUUUGAAACAUAAACCACGAGUUAUUCUUACCACAAUGGGAGAUGGUCAUCAACGUCCUCUUGAUUGCUUUGACUGUGACGGGCAAGCUUCAAAGCAAAGGCUUCUGGCUCCAGUCGCCCUUGCUGCAUCACCAGAUGGUUCCAUUUUUGUAGGAGAUUUCAAUCUUGUUCGUCGUAUCCUGGUCGAUGGCACUGUUAGAACUAUUGUUCGACUCAACGCUACCCGGGUGUCAUAUCGGUAUCACUUGGCUCUCAGUCCACUUGAUGGAGUGCUAUAUAUUUCUGAUCCUGAAUCUCACCAAAUCAUUCGGGUUCGAAAUGUAGAUGACUAUUCAGAUCCAGAUCACAACUGGGAAACUGCAGUGGGAUCAGGAGAGCGCUGUCUUCCUGGUGAUGAAGCACACUGUGGUGAUGGAGCCUUAGCCAGAGAUGCGAAACUCGCAUAUCCUAAAGGAGUUGCAGUGUCAGCUGAUAAUGUACUUUAUUUUGCUGAUGGAACAAACAUUCGCAUGGUAGAUCGUGAUGGCAUUGUGACAACAGUUAUUGGAAAUCAUAUGCAUAAAUCCCAUUGGAAACCUAUCCCAUGUGAAGGAACAUUAAAUGUGGAAGAGGUCCAUUUGCGUUGGCCAACAGAAUUGGCCAUCAAUCCUCUGGAUAAUUCCCUCCAUAUAAUAGAUGACCAUAUGAUUUUACAACUUGCUCCUGAUGGUCGAGUGAAAGUUGUCGCUGGGCGUCCUUUGCACUGUCCAUCGCCAAUUGGAGGAUACGACACUGAAUUAGCCACCCAUGCAACUCUGGUCAUGCCGCAAAGUAUUGCCUUUGGUCCGUCAGGAGAUUUGUAUGUUGCAGAAAGCGAUUCUCAGCGUAUUAACAGAGUUCGCAUUAUCGGUACAGAUGGGAAAAUUACCCAUUAUGCUGGAGCUGAAUCAAAAUGUAACUGCCUGGAUCGUGGCUGUGACUGUUUUGAAGAAGAUCAUUUUGUAGCUUCUACAUCCAAGUUUAAUACAAUUUCAUCAGUUACAGUUACGCCAGAUGGAAUUUUGCAUAUCUGUGAUCAAGCUAAUUACAGAAUCAGAUCCGUUACUGCUAGUAUACCAGAUGCAAGUGUCUCCAGGGAAUAUGAAAUAUUUUCUCCUGACACUCAAGAAAUAUACAUUUUCAAUAGAUUUGGCCAGCAUAUCGCAACUCGAAAUAUUCUCACUGGUGAAACAAGUUAUUCAUUCACAUACAAUGUAAACACUAGUAAUGGAAAGCUCAGUACCGUGACUGACGCGGCAGGCAACAAGGUCUUCCUAUUGAGAGAUUAUUCAAGCCAAGUGAACUCUAUUGAGAACACUAAAGGCCAAAAAUGCCGGCUCAGAAUGUCUCGCAUGAAGAUGCUUCAUGAGCUUAGUACACCAGAUAAUUACAAUGUUACUUUCGAUUAUCACGGACCAACUGGUCUUCUUAAAACAAAGCUAGAUAGCACGGGAAGAAGCUAUGUAUACAACUAUGAUGAGUUUGGUCGACUUACUUCAGCCAUUACUCCGACAGGCAAAGUCAUUGGUCUUUCAUUUGACUUGAGUGUGAAAGGAGCAACCGUUCAAGUGGUCCAAAAUGGCCGAAAACCUGUAUCAAUGCUCAUCAAAGGAUCUAGUGUUGUUACCAAAUAUGGAGAAGCAGAGUAUCGCACUGUUGUCCUUCCUGAUGGAGGAGUAGCGAGUGCUGCCCCUUGGUCGCACAGUGUCAGUACUGAUACUGUUCCUUACACUGUUCUCUCAGACAUUGAUCCUGUUCUGGGCGAGAGUUUCCCAGUACCAGCCAAACAAAAGACAGAGAUUUCUGGUGAUCUCGCCAAUAGGUUUGAGUGGAGGUACUUUCUCAGAAGGGCCCAAGGAAGCGGAGGAAAGCCAGGUCGGGGAGGAAACAAGCCUGUGGUACAAGUUGGGCGCAAAUUAAGAGUUAAUGGUGAAAAUCUGUUGACAAUGGAAUAUGACAGGGAGACAGGCACUGUAGCAGUUUUUAUGGACGACAGAGUGGAACUUCUGAACUUGAAUAAUAUGUUUUUUGUUCUCAGGAAUGGAAUUUUUGCUGGAGUAGAACUUGAAUACGAUCGAUUCAGUCGUCUCAUUAAAUGGAAGUGGGGUGCUUUAAAUGAGAGUUACGAAUUUGAUAGAGCAGGAAGAUUAUACCAGAUCCGCUAUGGAGAUGGUUCAUCUAUGAUAUAUGCUUUUAAGGAUAUGUUCAGCAGCUUGCCUCUGAAGGUGACUACUCCCCGUGGCAGUGACUAUUUGUUGCAGUAUGAUGAAGCAGGUGCAUUGCAGUCUUUGACCACACCAAGAGGGCAUAUUCACGCUUUCUCUCUUCAAACUUCACUCGGAUUUUUUAAGUACCAAUACUUCUCUCCAAUGAACAGACAUCCUUAUGAAAUUAUGUACAAUGAUGAUGGGCAAAUAUUAGCCAAAGUUUAUCCUCAUCAAUCUGGAAAAGUUGCUUAUGUCUACGAUCACAGUGGAAAAUUAGAAACAAUACUCGCUGGUCUCUCAUCCACCCAUUACAUUUACAUUGAAAGUUCCAGUCUUGUCAAGAGCAUUGAUAUUAUAGAACCAAACUUUGAAUUAAAGAUGGAAUAUAAAUAUCAUGCAGGCAUAUUAAAAGAUGAAAAACUCAAGUUUGGAAGUAAGAGUGGAUUAGAUAAUUGUCAUUUUCGAUAUCAAUAUGAUGGUAAUGCUAGAAUUUCUGGAAUUGAUGUGGAAAUUAAUGGCAAAGAGUUGCCUCAGUUGAGAGUGAAGUAUAACCAGAAUUUGGGUAUGUUAGAAGGAGUGAGUGAUUUAAGAAUAUAUCGCAAUACAUUCAAUAGAUCAGUUAUGCAAGACACAAGCAAACAGUUCUUUACAAUUACUGAUUUUGAUAGUCAUGGUCGAAUUAAAUCUCUUCUUAUUAACAUUAAAACAUUUGAUGUGUACCGAAUGGAGCUAGAAUAUGACAAUCGCAACAGAAUAAGCUCCCAAAAGCUCAUGAUCGGAAGACAAGUAUACAUGGAUCAUAUAACAUAUAACGCUGAUGGCCAUGUUAUGGAAGUUGUUGGUGACAGUAACUGGAAAUAUGUGUAUGAUGAAAAUGGCAAUGUCAUAGGUGUGAUUGAACAAGGAGAUAAGAUAACUUUAGGAUAUGAUAGUGGUGACAGGGUAGUGCAGUACGGUGAUGUAGAGUUCAACAGCUAUGAUGGAAGAGGAUUUGUGGUCCGAAGAGGUGAACAGAAAUACAGAUAUAAUUCACGAGCCCAACUUAUACAUGCAUUCGAACGAGACAAGUUCCAGACAUGGUAUUUCUAUGACGACAGAGGUCGUCUUGUUUCAUGGCAUGAUGAACGAGGAAAUGUUACCCAGUUUUUGUAUGCGAAUCCUACUACUCCAGAUCUGAUUUCUCAUGUUCAUUUUCCAAAAUCUGGUCGAACAUUCAGACUUUUAUAUGAUGAGAGACAUAUUCUUAUCACAGUUGAGACAUCAGAACAGCGGUUCUAUGUAGCAUCUGAUCAAAAUGGAUCUCCACUAGCUUUGUACGAUAUUAAUGGUAAUAUAAUCAAAGAGAUACGACGCACACCAUUUGGCAAAGUAACCAAAGAUUCAAAUCCAGAUUUCUAUCUCCCAGUUGAUUUCCAUGGAGGUUUGCUUGACCCAAACACUGGGUUGGUAUAUCUAAAUAAGCGUCUUUAUGAUCCUGCUGUGGGCCAGUGGAUGACACCAGCUUGGGAAGAACUGGCCAAUAAGUUAACUACACCAACAGAUGUGUUUAUCUACAGAUUCAACAAUAAUGAUCCCAUUAAUCCUAGGCAUAAUACAAAGUACAUGACAGAUCUCCCAAGUUGGUUGAAAUUGUAUGGAUAUGAUAUUGAUGACAUGUUGGGUUCAGCUUAUACAUCCAGUAUGGUUUAUCAGCCACAUGCUGUGAUAACAUCGAAACAGCUUUCACCAGAUUUUGGAGUUAUGUCAGGCUUACAGUGCAUUGUAGAUAAAGUCAACGAAAAAUUCCGUGAUCUUGGUUUCAUUCCCAAGCCCCUUCUGAAGAUGGAGCCCAAGACAAGAAAUCUUUUGCCCAGAGUAGCAUACAGACGAGCUGUAUUUGGAGAAGGAGUAUUAAUAUCACGAGUAUCAGGUCGUGCCAUGGUGAGUGUUGUAGAAGGUGUGAACAGUGUCGUCCAAGAUGUUGUGACAUCGGUAUUUAAUAAUUCGUACUUUCUGGAUCUUCACUUUACUUUACAUGAUCAAGAUGUAUUUUAUUUUGUCAAAGACAAUGUGUUAAAAAUUAGAGAUGAUCAAGAAGAACUAAGAAGACUGGGAGGCAUGUUUAAUAUUUCUGCACAUGAAACAUCUGAGCAUGGAUCGGGUGGCACCAAGGAACUUCGCUUGCAUAAUCCUGAUGCAGCAGUGUUCAUUAGGUAUGGUGCUGAUCCUGAACAGGAGAGGCAUAGAAUUCUUAAACAUGCCCACAAAAGGGCCGUUGAGAGAGCUUGGGAAUUGGAGAAACAAUUAGUAACAGCGGGAUUUCAAGGCAGAGGAGAAUGGACAGAAGAAGAGAAGGAAGAACUAAUACUACAUGGUGAUGUUGAUGGUUAUGAAGGUGUGGACAUCCACAGCGUUCAUCGUUACCCACAGUUAGCUGAUGAUCCUGGCAAUGUAGCCUUUCAAAGAGAUACAAAGCGCAAACGAAGGAAGAGUGGGAAUAGACGGUCACGAUCGCACAGGCAUGAAUCGUGAUUCUGUUCCUUUAAUGAACUAUGGUUGUUUCUCUGCUAAAGAUGUGAAUAAAUCAUGAUAAUUGUCAGGUAAAUUACUUUCUUUCUGAGUCUUAAUGCUCAGUAAUAGAAAGUGUUUCACAUCUAUCCCUUCAUAUGCAGUUAUAUAUAGAAGUACAAGGAGAACAGGCAACAUGUAUCCUCCUUAGAUUACAAUAUGAAAUGUUAAGACUUGUACAGUUAUGACUAGUCACUCUUUAUGGUCCAUAGUUAAUUGACAUUAUGAAAUAAUGAAGUGUGAUUGACAUAAAAUGGAGAUCAAAACAGACACAAAGUGAUUGUGGCUAAUCAUGUGUGCUACUUGAACACUGUUCAUCAAGUGACCAAAGUGGAAACGCAAAUAUUGUGAUUCUAUUAUUAAAUUGAACUGUAUUUUUUAAAACUGUGUAGCUUACAGAAGAUGUCAAAGUGAGAUGAAUGGAAUUUUGUCUCUUGCAUGAGUGAACAAUGAAAAAAUGAAGUUAACUUGUAGUAGGAAAGGUUUGUAAAACUGUAAAUACCAUGACAUUUUUCUCUCAAGGUGGAUGUCUUGAGAUAAAAAAUUGAUUUGUAAAUCCUUCCAUGAAACCAAUGCAUUACUCUUGGAGGAAGGAAAUACCAGGACUUUUCAUAAUUUCUCCUAAAUUGUGAAUAUUUUAACACAUAUUGUAGAGGCCUAUGACUGUUUUUGGAGCCAAGACUGGGCAUGUGUACUAGCUGAAAUCAACAGUGCAUGGCAAUAUUUGGGAAAAGGAUUGGGGGGAAAAGUAUCUUAAGAAAUUUGAUUAAUAGCAUAAUCCAUGAUAUUAAGAAACAGGGUAGUUACCGGACUAAUUCAUAUUAUUAUAUGAAACAAGGGGAAAGAGCAAAAAUGACACAAUGUAAAUUGCUGGCACGAUGUUACUCGCAUAAUACGUACAUGUCAAAUACUUAUUUUAUGAAUGAAGGUGUGUAUGGGUGCUUUUUUUAAGGAGUAUGAGGUAUGUGAGCAUUACCAAUUAUGAUAGUUGUAUUAACAAGAGAUGAGUAUAUAAAAUAUAUAACUAACAAGCUUUUUAUAGUGAGUACUUCACAGGAUAUUGUACAUAUUACAGACACGAGAAGAACUGUUCCUUGUUGUGCUUUGGGCUCUGCCACUUUCUAGACAACUCAUCUUUCAGUGUCUGUGAUUUUUGCAUUGCAUUAGAAAUAGCAUGGUUGCCAUUACAUUUUCCAGUCUUAGGCAAAGCAAAUCUAAAGGUUUUUUAAUGAUACAGAAGGAAAUUGUGCUACUACUGAAAAUGAACUGCUGAAACAUUUUCCAUAACAAUUGCUAGGACAUAAUCUGAUAUUGGUCUUGAAAGUUGAGGAGGAAUAUAUUUUGAUUUCCAGUUUAUGGUCUGCCUUUGGUGCUUAACUAUGUUAACUUAAUUGUACUUGUAGCCAGUAAAAAACAUACCCUAUCCAGUACUUUUAAUUGUAAUUUGUAUUUUAUUUUUAACUUAUUUACUGGAUGUUUUUAAAUUGCUCUGUUAACUUAUCUAUCCUGCGAGAUUCUCCUGAAUAAUUUUAAAUUCAAGACACAUUGUAGAAAUUCUUUAAAAAUAUAAAAUAUUUAAGUAUUGAAAGUUGUGCAAAGUACAAGAUGAUAAUUAAUGUUUGGCAAAUCUUUUGCAUGCUCUCUUCAUUUAUAAUGCAGAAAGAAGGGUUGAAGUAUGGCGGCUUAAGCCAAAUGAAAACAUAUUUUUUCAAAGGUUUUUACCUGACUAAAAAAGAAAGCAAUACUUAUUAUUAACUUAUAUAGUUGUUUAUACAACUGUGCAAUUCUUGUGUACUAUAGGUCUGGAAAGCAAGGCCAUGGGGCUAUUGUAUAGAUAGGCCUGGUAGUGGGUCCAUAUGAUUCCUUUUCCACUAGUACUGUUUAUUAUUCAUCAAGAAAACAAAUGUCUGCCCUAAAAUGAUGUAUUUAUUUGGCCAGUGGCUCCUGUGUAUAGAAAUAUUCUAGUGGUGUGUACGUUCACAAGGAAUAUAUCUGCAAACUAACUGUACAUAGACCUAAUUAUUAAUUAAAACCAUAAACGUAAUACUGCAAUGUUUACAAUUGUAUAUGACGGUGUUAGUAUAGAACUUGUGUACUACCUGGCUACCUACUUGACCUUUUGUUAUAUGUUUCUGGAACAAAGAAUCUUUAUCAACAAGUGAAAGAACUCCCCAGUUACUUUUAAGAUGUUGACUACUCAAUUGAACACUCCGUGAUAUACAACUCCUCAUGUUAAUGAGCUUAUGUUCAUUCAAACAAAUGAGAAAUACAUUUUCUCAUUUUAUUUUAUAAGUGUAUUAAAAAUAAGAGUUCUAUAUUACAGCCCUACUCUAUGCCUAUCAUAUAACGCCCCUCACUACCCUUAUGCUUCGUAAGUAUGGCAAAUCAUGAUGUACAUCAUCAUUUCUUCAUACCUCAUGAACUGUGAAAUAAAGCAAGGACUAUUCUCAAUAGGAAUGAAAUUGCUUUCAGAAUAUACUAUAGUACGGUAUAAGCUAAUAGCGUUUUGCACAAUUCCAUACUUUAUAUUUCAAUUAAGUGAUAAAAGUGGAACUAAAUUGUAAACUGAAAUUGUUAUUAUAAGAGCAUUUGUGAAGUGCUUAUCCCGUACUGAAUGCCUGUGCAUAGACUUUUAUGAAGCACACUUGUUUACAGAGGCAACUUUACUAUCAAAAAUGUCCUUUGGAAACAAACAUGUAGUACUAUUUACUGUGUUUUAGUUAUUAUUCCCCAUUUUCCAUCAACUGUGUAGCCUCAUACCUCCUCAUUAAUGCCUUGUUUUACCUUUGAGGCAUUUAAUAUUGAAAUGAAAGAAUUAACUUCUAUGACAAAGGUAUUGGUAACAAUGAAAAAGUAACCCAACUGACAUUAAGACUAAUUUUACCCUUUUUCCUUAAUCCAUCAGUAAUCACAAGCAGUCUGAACCCACAAAGAACAAACAAACGAACUGUAACUUCUGGAGAGGGUAUUCUUUGUUUUUUUAGGAGUAAUUGUAGGACUGAAUUGCAUGUAAAACUGUUUAUAAUACGACAAAUUUCUUAGACAUGUUAUUUUCAAAUAUCAAAAUCACAAACAAUUGAGAUUAAAAACUAAUUUAAGCUGAAGGAAAGGCAACUUUUUUGAUUUAAGUUCAGUGAAAUUAUUGUAUUGCAUAACCUUUUGGAACAUGUUGCCAUUUGACAUACAAUUUUUGGAAUUUUACAGAGACAAAAACACCACAACAAAAUUUAUCUACUAUUAACCAUACUGCAGGAAAACUCAGUGAAAUUGACUUACCUAUUAACUGUUAAUUAGGUUACAUUACAUUUAUAAAUAUAAGUAUAAAUAUAAAUGUAAAAAUAAAUUUUUUCAAAGUUCCAUUGUGGUUAAUAGAUGGUUAACAAAUCAAAUUCUAAGGAAAAGUUGGUAGAAGUACACAAUCACAUAAUUUGAAUAGUAAAAAUGAUAAAUUUCACUGAAUGAAUGAUAAAUUAAAUUAAUCUGACAAUUUGACCUACAACGAAUCAGAAUUAAUGGUCAUGAACGAGAAAUAAUAAUCAUGUUUUAUUAGGUUCACAAAAAAAAAUUGAAAAUUGAAUAAUUUGCUGG